AUGUCGCGACUUCUCGCUCGACCAGCCAAAGGGAUCGCUCACAGAAGUCUCAGGGGACAGACAGCGUGGUAUAAUGAUGCUACAGACCGUUUAUCAAUGGAGAUACGCAAGGCGUUCUGGGCUAGACACCAAGCUACAGUCGAACGUGAGCGAGAACGACUCGAAAAGGAGGAAAGCGCUCCACCACCACUUGAAAAAGUGGGAUUUACUGUCCCAAAGCCACAUAGUGGUGACCUUUUGACAUAUCGAGCACCGGACGAGUUGUUGGAAGGCGAAAUAUUGGAUUCGACCGCACAGCCGAAUCAGAGACGUCUUCCACGAAAGAAAUUACGUGCAUUGGUCUCUCUCUAUCACCAAAGUGCGACAUUUCUCACACCGGAAACCCUCGACGCGCACAUUGAGCGAGAAUUUGCUCUCGAUCCAGUCCAUCCUCGUCAUCUCGAUUUCGACAUGCUGAAAUCGAAUGUAGACCAAAAGGUCAACGCACCAGAGAUGAGCCUGCAGGGCGUUGCAAGCAUGUCGGGCUUCACUCGCGCUGAGAGUAAAGAACAGCGGGAGCGAGCAAGUCGAGUGGCAGCAGCCCUAUGGGGAGUUGAUGCCCAAGGGAACCCAGACGUCGAAGCCGUCGAAGAGUCGCUUCGGUAUCGCAAAAAGUUUGAAACAGAAGGCGGAGAGCGUUCCGAUCAAUAA